GUCUCCACAGGCAUGUGCUAUGCCACUGGAUAACCAAGAGGACAGCAGCCUCCCGAACAUUACAUGUCUGACAAAUGUGUUUUUGCAGUGAAGUUUGGGAUGGCCCUCAUCUUGACCCUGCUUCAGUCCCUCAUCCUGGGUGUUCUGGGGGUCCACAGCAGUUAUCCUCGAUUUUCCUCCAAUGACACAGUCUUCCAGCACCUGGCAUUGCACCCUGACCCCAGCAUAGGAACAGUCUACGUGGGGGCUCGGGACCAUCUGUUCCAGCUCGCUGGCCUUGAUGGCCUCCGUCUUGAAGUGGAUGAGAGAACCGGCCCCGUGAGAGACAGCAAGGACUGCCUGCCUCCGGUUACCCUGGAGAACUGCCCUCAGGCUGGGCUCGUUAACAAUCACAACAAGCUACUGUUAGUGGAUCCAUAUUCCCUCCAGCUCAUCACCUGUGGCAGCGUACACCAGGGCACUUGCCAGAAACGCAGCCUAGCCAAUGUGAAAGAAGUCCUCUUCUCUGCCGAGAGGCCUGUUGAUACACAAUAUGUGGCGGCUAACGACCCUACGGCAUCAACGGUUGGGCUUGUGGUGCGACCGCAAGACAAGGAUCCUGUCCUUUAUGUGGGACGAGGCUACCCCAGCAGUCCCCCGCCAGUCUCCACUCGACAACUUUCGACAGAGCCGGUGUUUUCCUAUGAGGAAACGGCCAAGCUCGCAGUAGCCGGGCGCCUCUCGGAGUACGAUCACAAUUUUGUCGCAACCUUUGCGCGACGCAACCACGUCUACUUUUUAUUCUACAGGCGUGACCUGAAAGCUGCAUCAAGGGAAUAUCGUACGUACGUGGCACGGGUGUGCUUGGACGAUCAGGCGUAUUACUCCUACGUUGAGGUUCCGCUAAUGUGUCGCUCGGGCUCAACAGGAAGGAACUACAAUUUCCUCCAGGGAGCGCAGGUGGGUGGUGAGGAAUCUGGAGGCUCGCAGGUUUUGAUGGGAGUCUUUUCAUCGGCGGUUAGUGCUGCUAAUGGACCCGGCGAGGAAUCUGCAUUGUGUGUGUACUCUCUGGAUGAAGUGGACCGCGGUAUUGAUGCUACACGAGACCUGUGCUACACGCAAUACGGGGAAAAAGAUGGCAACAAGGUGGCAUACAUUGAGUAUGAUGUUAAAUCCAACUGUGCCAACCUGCCUACGAACACCCUGAAGGCUUAUCCCUGUGGCUCAGAUCACACCCCGAGUCCAAUGGCGAGCCGGGAGUCGGUUGAAGCUGAAGCUGUAUUGGACAGCUCAUCCGCCCGUCUCACUGCUGUCGCCAUUAGUGUAAAAGAGGGGCACGCUAUUGUUUUCUUGGGUGACUCCAAAGGCAAUUUGCAUAAGGUGUUCCUGGGUAACUCAGGAGAGGUGAAGAAGUACUCCACCCUUCUCAUCCAACCUGGUUUGGCCAUCAACAGUGACUUACUGCUGGAUUCCACCCAUAGACACAUCUACAUCAUGACCAGCCAUUCUGUGGAGAAGAGGCCUGUGGCAGAGUGUGACAAGCACACUGAUUGCACUUCCUGUCUGGCAGUGAAGGACCCAUACUGCGGUUGGUGUGUUCUUGAUGGCCGGUGUGGGAUGCGUUCAGACUGUAGGCUGGGCUCUGUUGAAGGUCAUUGGCUGUGGAGCUUUGAUGAGCAGCAGCAGUGCUUGAGAGUGGAGUCACUGAGCCAAUAUAACGCCAGCCUUGGAGAACAGAAACAGAUUGCUGUGGGUGUCCCGGGUUUGCCCAGUCUGUCAGAGGGUGACAUGUACUCGUGUUUCUUUGAAGACACUGAAACAGCUGCUUCGGUCCAGGGCACCACAGUCACCUGUGCCACUCCUGAGGCCCACAGACUUCCACCAGUACCACAGGGAGAGGAUUCUGUGUCCAUCACGCUGUCCCUGCGCUUUCAGACGGUCACCGUAGCGCUCGCAGACUUCACCUUCUAUGACUGCUCUGUGGCGCAGCAGCUCUCUGGCACCAGGCCUGUCAUGCCAUCAUCAUCCAAAAGCAAUAUUAAAACAUCCAUUGGUGAGCGGCUGUCAUGCGUUGAAGAAUGUCCCAGAGGCGUGCGAUGGGCAGGGCAGCUGUCUGUGCUCCCCACGUCUGCCCCUCAAACAAUAAAAGACUUUGACGCGUACACAUACACCACCUCCACACCCACGACAACAACCCUCUCGACCACUGAGGUUGCCAUAACGACCGAAGCCGUUGUCAUGACUACCCCUCCAGUGACCCCUCCCACUACUCCAGAGGCCACCGCCGCCCCCACAAGAACUCUGGAAACCACGACCCCACUCAACCAACCACCCACCACCCCCAACCACGCUACAACCUCCUCUACGCACACAUCCAGUGCCACUACAGAGUCAACCGAUACCAUCACAGAGGCCACGACCCUAUCGAAAAAUGCCUCUUGGGUGGAGGAGAGCAUCCAGGUAGGUUUGCUGUCAACACCGACCCCGCAAUCAUAUGAAGAACUUGUGGGAGGUUCGUCGCAUGAAGAGGCCGCUGAAGUGACGCUGCCCGCGUUGAGAGCUGGGGAAGUGGUGACGAUGGGGCCGUUGAUUGAAGCGCUGCCCUCAUCCUCCUCUGAAGUGGUUACCCUCUCGCAGGCGGAGAUGGAUGUAGAUGCACUUAUAGACACGGGCAUCCCUGUGUCGUCAGCCAGCGCCCCCUCUGGCGACGGCGAGGCAGGGCCUGAUUCAUCCGAUUUCCCCCUCGCUCCAGACACAGACUACCAGUCCGACUCAGCUGACCUUUUCCUCCUGGAAGAGGAGAGUUUACUCGUGAGCAGAGGUCCUCACGCCUGUCCGUGUGUGGAGGGCAUCCAGGGCAGCUCACUCCUACCUGUCAAUGUCGAGAGGAAGAUCACACUGCUGGGACGCAACUUACACCUCUAUCAGAUUGAGCCUCUUUCUGGUCCAGUGGAGGGUGGCACAGUGCUCACCGUGUCUGGCUCUAAUCUAGGUCAGAGAGCUGAAGACAUCCAGCACUCUGUGACUGUAGCCGGAGUCCCCUGCACGGUCAUCCCCGACAGAUACCAGGUGUCCUCCAGUUAUGAAUAUACAUCACUCACCAUCACGGGACAGAACCUUCUGACGGGCCGUUCCAAUGAGAUCAGCAUCCUGAUUGGUGGAGUCCCAUGUUACAUCUCUCCCAAGCAGUACAACAACGAACAUGUUGAGUGUGUGACUGGAGGGAGUAACCGAACCGGAGAGAGCGGCGUUACAGUGCGCUUUGGUAGAGCUGAGCGCCGUCUACAGGAAGUCCUCUAUCAAUACACCCCAGACCCCAAUGUAACCCAUGCUGCUCCCUCCAAAAGCUUCAUCAGCGGGGGCCGUAUCAUUCGAGUGUCUGGCCAGCAUCUGGACGUGGUACAGGAGCCUCGCAUCCACGUGACCCUGACCCCUCUGGAGCCGCACUCACAGAAGAGGAAGAGGAGGAGGAGGAAGAGCAGUGUGGAUUACAGUCUCCUCAGAAGAGCUCGGCGGAUCGUCCCAGAGCCCAACUGUCCUGAAGAUAGUCUCUGUGUCGUCAAACAGGUAGAGUUCACACAAGUGGAGGAGCGGUGCACAGUGAACAGCUCAACUCUGAUCCUGUGUCCCACUCCGGAGGUGGGGCCCGAGGCCCUGCGUGCUGCUGUCAGUGUGCAUUUCCUCCUGGAUAACCUGCACUUUGAGUUUGAGGCGGUCAGCGGCAGCCCCUUCAGUUAUGAGCCCAAUCCUGUUCUUCAUAGCCUCAAUCAACACGACUCCAGCAAACCCUUCAGACACAAACCCGGCAGCAUCAUCUCUGUGGAGGGGGAAAAUCUGGACUUGGCCAUGUCUAAGGACGAGGUGGUUGCUCUGAUUGGUGAUGGAGAGUGUGCUGUGAAGACUUUAACCAGAAACCACCUGUACUGUGAGCCGCCGACACAGCAGCCAUCAGUGGCAGCGCUGAAGAAACGAGAGGCCGCCGACACGCUCCCAGAGUUCACUGUGAGGAUGGGGAAUCUGAACUUUUCUCUGGGACGGUUGCAGUAUGAUUCUCAGGGCCCAGCUGCGUUCCCUCUGGAGGCCCAGGUGGGAGUCGGGGUGGGAGCCUCCAUCGUGGCUCUUAUUGUGCUGGUUAUCGUACUCAUAUACAGGAGGAAAAGCAAGCAAGCACUGAGAGACUAUAAGAAAGUCCAGAUCCAACUGGAGAAUUUGGAGACGAGUGUCCGAGACCGCUGUAAAAAGGAGUUCACAGAUCUGAUGACUGAGAUGAUGGAUGUGUCCAGUGAUCUCAUGGGCUCUGGGAUUCCAGUCCUGGAUUAUCGUAAAUACUCCGAGAGGAUUUUCUUCCCUGGUCACCGUGAUUCUCCUCUGAGACGGGACCUUGACGUUCCCUCCUGUCGCCGGGCCACAGUGGAGCAAGGCCUGGUUCAGCUCUCUAACCUGCUAAACAGCAAACUGUUCCUCACCAAGUUCAUCCACACUCUGGAAGCCCAGCGGACCUUCUCUCCACGGGACAGGGCGUAUGUGGCCUCCCUCCUCACGGUGGCACUGCACGGCAAGCUGGAGUAUUUCACCGACAUCCUAAAGACUCUGCUUAGUCACCUGGUGGAGCAGUACACCACUAAAAACCCCAAACUCAUGCUGCGCAGGACCGAGUCUGUGGUGGAGAAGCUGUUGACUAACUGGAUGUCUAUAUGUCUUUACACCUUCCUCAGGGAUACAGCAGGUGAGGCGUUCUAUAUGCUGUUCAGAGCCAUAAAGCACCAGGUAGAUAAAGGCCCAGUGGACGCUGUUACAGGCAAAGCCAAAUACACACUCAACGACAACCGACUGCUGCGGGAAGACGUGGAGUACCGCACACUGACUCUGAAUGUUCUGGUCAGCAGCGGAGGUGCUGGUGAGUCUCAGACGGUCCCCACUAAAGUGCUGGAUUGUGACACCAUCACACAGGUGAAGGAAAAGAUUGUGGAGCACACAUUGAAGGGCACGUCAUACUCCCAGAGACCCUCCGCUGACUCUGUGCAUCUAGAGUGGAGGGCGGGAAUGGCUGGUCAUUUGAUUUUGUCGGAUCAGGACUUGACAUCAGUGGUUCAGGGGUCCUGGAAACGCCUCAACACCUUACAACACUACAAGGUCCCAGAUGGAGCCACAGUAACACUGGUGUCACGACAAUCCAAGCAAAUUCACCACGACAGCCAUGACUACAUACCAGGAGAGAAGACCCCGAUGUUGGAGGAUGGAGACGAAGGAGGAGUGAAGCAGUGGCACCUGGUGAAGGCCGGUGAGGAGGCGGAGCUACCUAAACACAGACGGGGCAGUCUGAGAGACAAAGAGCGUGAGAGAGCCAAGGCCAUCCCAGAGAUCUACCUCACACGCCUGCUGUCUGUGAAGGGUACACUGCAGAAGUUCGUAGACGAUCUGUUCACUGUGAUUCUGAGCACCAGUCAGCCGGUUCCUCUGGCUGUCAAAUAUUUCUUUGAUCUGUUGGAUGACCAGGCUGCACAGCACAACAUUACAGACCCAGAGACAAUCCACAUAUGGAAAACAAACAGCUUGCCACUGAGAUUCUGGAUUAAUAUCUUGAAGAACCCUCAGUUCAUCUUCGAUGUUCAGGCCUCUGACAAUGUAGAUGCAGUGCUGUCAGUCAUUGCUCAGACCUUCAUGGAUUCCUGCACUAUCGCCGACCACAAACUGGGCAGGGAUUCCCCAAUCAACAAGCUCCUGUACGCUCGAGACAUCCCACGCUACAAACAAAUGGUGGAGAGAUAUUAUUCAGAUAUAAGACAGACCAUCCCUGUUAGUGACCAAGAGAUGAACUCUUCUCUAGCUGAACUCUCUAGGAACUACUCUAAUGAAGUUAAUCAUCUAGUGGCAUUGCAUGAGUUGUACAAGUAUAUCAACAAAUACUAUGAUCAGUCUGGACAAGUUGAUGCUUGUUGCCGAAAGUGA